AUUAUUCAUAAUAUUGCGAAAAUGAUAUCAAAUAAAAUCGAGAUGCGCGAUAAAUUCGAUACUCUUGCCUGUUGCACUCUAGUGAGAGAUCAUGGAAACAAAAAUGACUGCUACAAGAACAAAUUUUAUUUUGAUUCUCUAAAUGUCAACAAUAACAAUUAACGAAAAUUAAAAUAUAUCACGUAUUAAUUGAUAUUAUUCGAUAGUGACGAGAGAAAACGGACAAAUGUGCAUCAUUAAUCGUUAACAAGAUGCAGUUUCACUCCGAAGGUGGACUAGAACUGUUAUCGAGAUUCAGAGAGAACCGGCGUUCGAUUAACCUCGACGAGACUCUAUUCGCCAGCGACAUCGGUGACCAAAAUAUCAUAGAGAUUGUCGGAGCCUCAGCCACCGGAAAGACCCUGUUAUUAUGCCAAUUUAUAGCAAAAUGCAUAUUGCCCGCAAGGUAUAAAGGGAUCAAAAUUGAUGGAUGCGAUUCUUGUGCAAUACUGAUCGAUACAUAUGGUCAAGUUCAAAUGAGUAAGCUAGCUGAACUUAUGACUGUUAUGACCCUUACUGCGUGCAAAAUCGCUGGUAUACAGCUACCAAUCGAGACAGUAAAUCUAAUUGUAAAUAAGUCUCUGGAAAACUUGACAGUGAUCAAUUGUUGCAACAAUGAUCAGUUACAGCUGUCUCUGCAAGCGCUUGAGGACGAACUCCUCAGCAAUGAAAGGAUUGCUCUGUUAGCUAUAGAUAAUAUAUUGGCAUACUAUUGGCAGGUGAGGAGGGAGAAAGGUAUACUUAGUAUGGAUCAGUAUGCAAGAAGCUUGGUAAGAAUUAUUCGAGCUCGGAUAUCUCGGUUUUGCAGUAUGACAGUUUACACAAGAUGGGAAUCGGUGCCCCAAUAUGAAUCACCUGUAACUAGCUUAAAUAGUCCUAAACACACCAAUCUAUUGGAGGAAACAGGUGUAAAUUACAGGCUGCAACUUUGUAAAAAUUCUGUGAUUCGUGAAUUUACAUGUCAUGUACAAUCUAAAGAUGAUAUAAAACAGAUUCAUUAUACAAUCUCUGAUUCUGGUAUAAAAUGGAUUCUUUGAUAAUAUAUCAGAAAUGAAAUCAUAUUUUUUAUUAAUAAUCAAUUGAUGAGAGGAGAAAUU